AUGCAAGAAAAGACAGAAUAUCUCGACACGGAGAUGCAAGACUCCAGUAUUGGGGAAGUGACGGAGUACCAGGCAUCUCCAGAAGAGGAGCGUCGACUAUUAUGGAAGUUGGAUUUAUUCAUGAUUCCCAUUAUGGGAAUCUGUUAUAUGCUUCAAUACAUGGAUAAACUUGCCCUGAGUCAAGCGACUCUCCUCGGGCUCCGAUCAGAUCUGAAUCUGGUUGGCCAACAAUACACCUGGUGCUCAGCAAUCUUCUAUUUCGGAUACCUCGCCUGGAGUUAUCCAACGUCUUAUUUGAUUGUGCGCCUUCCGCUUGGAAAGUACCUCGCUGUUUCAGUGUUUCUGUGGGGUGGAAUUCUGAUGGCUCAUGCAGCGGCCCAGAACUAUGGUGGCCUUAUCACCUGUCGAUUCCUCCUGGGAAUGGGCGAGGCCGCUGUCGCCCCCGGAUUCGGUCUCAUCACAGGAAUGUUCUACAAGAGAGAAGAACAACCCGCUCGCCAAGGUGCAUGGUUCGUCGGUAACUGCAUUGCCAACCUCAUCGGAGGUGUGGUCGCAUGGGGCAUUGGCAACUGCUCUUCCUCACUACAAAGCUGGCGUCUACUAUUCCUCGUCCUCGGUGGCAUCACAUCCGGCUACUCCAUCCUGCUCUUCUUCGUCCUCCCCGACUCGCCCGCGACAGCACCCUUCCUCACCGAAAGCGAACGAGUGAUCGCAGUGCAAAGAACGAUGAAGAACAAGACAGGCCCUGCGGAGAGUACCGAGACAUUUGAAUGGAGUCAAGUUCGGGAGGCUGCUUGUGAUCCGCAAGCAUGGUUCCUAGUGCUUUACACUUUCUGCGUCAACCUCGCCAACGGCGGGCUUACGAGCUUCUCCGCCAUCAUCAUUGCAGGUUUCGGAUACUCCGAUUUCAAGUCCCUGUUGCUGCAGAUGCCCAUGGGUGCGUCCCAGCUAGUCUUCCUGAUCAUCACCGCCGGAAUUGCCACAUACUACCGAUCCACGCGUAUCAUCUGCAUGUGUCUCAAUGCGAUCGUCGCAGUGAUUGGUGUCGUUCUGAUCUACACACUCGACGACACCCACAGAGUGGUCAAGUUAGUCGGUCUUGCCUUCGUUGCCGCUUUCGCGGUCAACAUCCCCCUCAGUCUAAGUAUCGUCACCUCGAAUGUUGCCGGUGCGACCAAAAGAAGUACAGUAUCGGUUUCUAUCUUUGCCGCAUACUGUGUUGGAAACAUCGUGGGACCCCAGUUCUUCUAUGCCUCGCAAGAGCCCAAGUACUCCAGCGGCAUCGAGGCCUCUUUGUGUGGAUUGGGAAUUGGAGUCUUUUUCUUGGGGUCGCUAUUCGUGUAUUACAUGUGGGAGAACAGAAGACGGAACUUGCUUGAGGGAUCAUCCGAGGUUGAAAUUAUCGCUGAAGAGCAGAAGCACAGGACGGACAGGCAGAUCCCUGGUUUCCGAUAUACCCUAUGA